AUGAUGACUCCAUAUAGGGGUAGAGGUCGCGGUUAUGGCCAUGGUGGGAGAGGGAGUAACAAUAUGUUACCCCAGCCAGAAUCAAACAUUUCUCUAAUAAGGGAUUGGACUACUGUCUACAAAGAUAGAAAAAUGCAGCAAUUACCUGCAUCUUCAGCAAAAAAAGAAGAUAUUGCUUCCUCUUCCUGUAAUAAAACUACAUCCUACAAGGAAGUUGCGGUUAAUAACCCACCUCAAGAACAAAUGGAUUAUUGUGAAAAUCUAGUAGCUGAAAAAAUCAUGUAUAUUGAUGAUGAAGAUAUGAAGAUAAACCCAAAUGGUGGUUGGUCUAUCAAAACUAGGUGCCUCGAAUCAAGAGGAUAUCCAGGUCUUCAUGGAAAAUCUAGGCCCAACCUAGAAAUUUUCCUGACUGUUACCAAAUCGGUAACAAUUACUCACCAUUACCAAAAUAAUAAUCCUGAAAGUUUUAUAAACUUCAGCAAAUGUCACAUUAACAAAAUUUUGUUACCAAGAGAAUGGGGUCUCAACCCAAAUGCUGAAAAGGCAAUAAGAAUUGCAGAAGGAAAGUAUAUUUACUUUAAUUAUUGGGACUAUGUCCAAUCUUUCACUCAAACUUUUUAUUACCAAAAUCUCAAGAACAAGCAUUCUUGGUUUUUCUCUAUUAAUUCAGAGAUGGUUAAUAAACCCAUACCAAAUUGGUUUUAUGAAUGGUGGACUAAAUUUGGUCCAUCUAUGGAGAUUCUUCCUAAAGAAAUUCUUAACUUAUACAAUCCAUGGUGUGAUAAUAGUCCACUUAUUGUAAAACAUUUAUCUGAUAAUUUGAUCACUGGACAAUGUCCAUUCUUGUUCUUUACUAAAUUUCAGAUUCCAUGGAUAUGGAGAUGGUCAAUCACUAUAUCAAAAAACAAAUUCAACAUUCCCAUUUUAGAAAGAAAUUUCUUCUAUAAAUGGUGGAACAAGAUGAGUUCAGAGGAUGUCCAGAAUAAAAUAAAAUUAAUUCAAGAAGCUAUAGAUGAAGACCAGAAUAAUAAGGUCAAGGAGCAAAGCUCCCAACAAAUGUCUAUGGAAAACUUGAAGAACUUCUUCCAGAGGAAAUAUCCCAAUGAAUCAGAAGAUGAAAUCAUGGUUAGAAUUUUAGAUCAUAUGAAGAACCAAUUCUUCUCUACUUUUUCAACAAAAGUAUCAAAAGAUGAGGAUUCAUCUAUGAAGACAAGCUCUUCCAUGGGAUCAAUGGAUUCCCAUAACUUUGAUGAUUUGGCAGGAGAAGGUCAAGCAGAUGAACCUACUGCAGAAGAUUUCUGGGAUGCAAUGAUUCAAUCUAUGAAAGUAAAAGGAAAAGAAAAGAAUUAA